GGCCCAAAAAGCAAAGUGUGCUAAAUUAGCAAAGAAAAGCAAGAAAGGUAAAGGAGGAAAACGAUGCAAAGGGGAGUGCGAUUCAAUGCCCGAUUCAAUCCAAAGAAAUAAACGAUGCAAAGGAGAGUGCGAUUCAAUGCCCGAUUCAAUCCAAAGAAAUAAAAAAUGCAAAGGGGAGUGCGAUUCAAUGCCCGAUUCAAUCCAAAGAAAUAAAAAAUGUAAAGGGGAGUGCGAUUCAAUGCCCGAUACAAUCCAAAAGAAAAAGAAAAGCAAAGGUAAAGGUGGUAAGGACGCUUCUCAAGCCAAACUAAAAAAGAAAUGUAAGGCCCUCGCCCAAAAAGCAAAGUGUGCUAAAUUAGCAAAGAAAAGCAAGAAAGGUAAAGGAGGAAAAGGUAAAUCAAAGAAAAGCAAGCAAGCCAAACUAAAAAAGCAUUGUAAGGCACUUGCCCAAAAAGCAAAGUGUACUAAAUUAGCAAAGAAAAGCAAGCAAGCCAAACUAAAAAAGCAAUGUAAAGCACUGGCCCAAAAAGCAAAGUGUGCUAAAUUAGCAAAGAAAAGCAAGAAAGGUAAAGGAGGAAAACGAUGCAAAGGAGAGUGCGAUUCAAUGCCCGAUUCAAUCCAAAGAAAUAAAAAAUGCAAAGGGGAGUGCGAUUCAAUGCCCGAUUCAAUCCAAAGAAAUAAACGAUGCAAAGGAGAUUGUGUCGAUCAAAUGGAAAUGAAAAAACGAUGCAAAGGAGAAUGUGAUUCAAUGCCCGAUACAAUUCAAAGAAAAAAGAAAAGCAAGGGUGGUAAGAGCGCUUCUCAACAAAACAAACUAAAAAAACAAUGUAAAGAAUUGGCCCAAAAAGCAAAGUGUACUAAAUUAGCAAAGAAAAGCAAGCAAGCCAAACUAAAAAAGCAAUGCAAGGCAAUGGCUAAGAAAGAAAAGCAAAAUCAGUUAAAAAAGCAAUGCAAGGCAAUGGCCAAGAAGGAACAAAAAGCAAUGUUAAAAAAGAAAUGUGCAGCUAUGGCGAAAAAAGAAAAAGAAGCAAAGCUUAAAAAGCAAUGCAGCGCAUUGGCUCAAAAGGAAAAGAAGGCAAAGCUUCAAAAGCAGUGCAAGGCAAUGGCCAAGAAGAAACAAAAAGCUCAGCUUCAAAAACAAUGUGCGGCAAUAGAAAAAAAGGCGAAGCUUGAAAAGAAAUGCAGCGCAAUGGCUCAAAAGAAAAAAGAACCAAAGGUUGACAAGAAAUGCGUGCUAUGCGUCCCUCCAUGGGAGAAACCCCCAUGGGAAAGAAGUGGUAAAGUGGCAAAAAAAUCGAAACAAGAUCAGCUAAAGAAAGCGUGCGCGGAGGCAGCGCAGAAGGAGAAAUGUGAAAAGAUGGCUAAGCAGAAGUUAAUAGACAGACUUAAACAACAUUGUAAGAAAUUAGCGGAAAAGGCUUUGGCAACCAAGUGUAAGGAAGAGGCCAAGCGAAAAGCACAAAAAGAAAAAGGAAAAAAAAUUAAAGAGGAAUGUCUUAAAAUGGCCAAUGAUAAACCACCAAGUAAAAGUAAAUAAAUGUUGUCGAUAAAUUAAAAAAUAGAAUAUUACGAGCAAUAAAAAUUGUAUUUGAGCGUCAACUGAGAUUACAAAA